AGCAGCACGUCUGGGUUAGUUGUUCAUUUGUAUUGACAGUGUAAAGUGCGGACUGUAACAUCUUGGUCACGUAGUGAGAUAAGGGCAGUUUUACUGUAUAACUUUACGCUGCUUAGAAAAAAUGAAGCUUGCAUUAAAUAAUGAUUGUCCUCAUUGUACGACUAUAUUCAGGUGGUACAGAGAAUUCCAAAAGAGCAAUUUCACUCUGGAAGACGCUGAGAGGGAAGGCAGGGCGCGAACGUCAGUAACAGAGGAAAACAUUCCUGCUGUGAGGAAAAUGCUUGACGAAGAUUGGAGAGGAACAUACCAACAGAUAGAGGAGCCUUCAUGCAGCAGCAAUUCAUUCGAUUCUGCAUGACCAUUCACACGUAAGGACACUUUGCUCUCU